CUGAUGAUUUUAGUUGAAUUCUACAUUAUUUGAUGUGUGUGAUUGUGUGGAACUGUAAAUAGCGUUUCUGUGAGGAACAUGAGCGGCCGCCAUCAACAGCUCGUACAGGUGCUGAUGCUUGUGGUCGCCAUUAUUUCAUUCGGUUUAAUGAGGCGAUAAACUUAUAUUAUCUUUCUUUGUUUUUAGUUAAAAUGCUGGUUUAUCGGUUGAACUAGUCGAUUUUAGUUAGAUAUAGUCGAUGCCGAUGCGUUUAAUCGUCGUUUAGUCCAAAACAAAGUGUUUUUAAAUUGACCUCAGGAACCAGCAGUCCUAAUGGAGCUCGUUUACUGACCCACUAGAUCGAACUUCUAACGGUCUGAUCAUUAAGAUAUCGUGGAGUCUCACUGUGUGCGUCAACAAAUUAGCUUUUAUUUCUUAUUAUUUUAAUUUCUUCUGAAUAAAAUAUGAUGGAUUUACAUUGUGAUGAGAAUGAGCAGUUCGCAUCCACAGUAAAAGACAGCAGGGAGGCCGGAGGGGUUCAGAUCAGGCCGGUCCGGGCGCUGUGUGACCGGGUUCUGAUGGAGAAGCGAAUGUUAAUGAACCUGCUGAUGGUGGAGAAAUCACAAUUUAUCUCUGAAUCGUAUUUUGAAGCAGUUCAGACUGAUGUGAAGCCCUUCAUGAGGAGGUUAUUAACAGUGUGGAUGCUGCAGGUGAGUUUAUUACAGGUGUGUGAGGACCAGAAGUGUGAGGAGGAGGUCUUUCCGCUGUCCGUUUGCUAUCUGGACAGGUACAUGUCUCACCAUCACGUGAAGAAAGACGUUCUGCAGCUGCUUGGCACCACGUGCAUGUUUCUGGCUUCCAAACUGAGGCAGGUGGUUCCUCUGAGUGCUGAAAAUCUCUGCCUGUAUACUGACCAGUCCAUCACCGUCCCACAGCUGCUGAAGUGUGAGAUACAGCUUGCCUCUGGGCUGGACUGGGAUCUGGCACCUGUGAUUCCUUCUGAUUUCCUGGAGCCGCUUCUGCAGAACCUUCCCAUAGUUCUUCAAAACCACAGGGCCCUGCGCAAACAUGCUCACGCCUACAUCGCUUUAGCCGUCACAGAGUUGAAGUUUGUAAAGUAUUUGCCCUCGGUUGUGGCCUGCAGCUGCAUGGUUGCUGCUAUUCAGCGCAUGAAUCUGCUGUUCGGCGCUCUGUCCUGCGACGCUCUUCUGCACCUCAUGGCCAGCGUCUUAGAUGUCUUCAUAGUGCCUCUGUAUAACUGUUACGCCGAGCUGGAGGCCACUCUGGACUUCACCCUCCCCUUCAGCACACUCCUGUACGAGUCUGCUUCACCUGAUAGCACCCACCACGCCCGGAACCCCCGGCAGGCCAGGUCUGCUUCUCUCAGCUUCACCCAGUCAAACACGGAUGCAGAAAGUGAGCCGGAAUAAAUCAGCUCAUCCGUUCCUCCGCUUCUUUCAUUCGCUGUCAGUGUGGCUGGGUAAGUUCUGCCACAAAUCCACCUGCUGCAUGCCGUCACUAGCCGUUCACAGUUUUUAUUCGGGGUUCUGUCGGACGAUAAGUGUGUUAGCGACGUGUCGGCUUCAGCAAGAGGUUCUCCUCAGUUUUACCAAACACAUGGAAGCUGGUCUGAAGUGGGUUUGAUAGACACUGUGAAUGCGCCGAUGGUUCGAUUUCCCCCCUUUAAAUGUACCGCCUGUGUCUAUAUUAUUUUUAAUCCAGAAAUGAAAAUACACUACACCGCCAAAAGUAUUGAGACAUCCGCUUAAAUAUUGUGUUCAGGUGUUUCAGCCGCACCUACUAUUAAGAUUUGCUCAAUGAAAUGACAUAAAACUAAUCAAAUGUUUAACUUUGUGGUAACAGUUUAGGGAAGGCCCUUAUGUUCCAGCAUGGCUGUGCUUCCAUGUACUUUACACAGUUUUUAUAAAGGCCUGGUUUGAUUUGAUGAGUUUGGGUCAGAACUCUAUAUGGAUAAAUCAGAAGACUAAAACACUGGUACAAAUUCCCAGAGACACACUCCAAAGUCUUCUGAAAAGCUCCCCCAGUGCAGUAGGGUGCAGUAACUCUGUAUUAUAGUGAACGGUGUUGGAAUGGAAUGUCCAGAAAGCUCAUGGUCGGGUGUGCAGAUAUUUUUGGCUGUAUAGUGUGUGUGAAGUGUUGCCUCUGUUCGUUAUUAGAAUGUAAUUAAAUAUUCGGUUCUGUUCACUCGUUAUUUAGGUCGGUAUGUUACACUCGGUGUAUGUUCUGUUAACUCAUUUAAGUUUUCUGUUGGAGUUUGUGCUUUUAUACUGAUUUUAAUAGAACAAAUUAAAAUAGGUGUUUUUGUUCAGUUCAUCAGAUUUAAUGUUCAAUCGCUCCUCUGUAUCUGCGGGUGGAUCGAUAAUGUUAAAAACUGCUAAUGUUAUCAACUGAUACAAAUGUUGGGCACAAAUUCCCACAGAUACUCUCCAAA